UUUAAAUUAUGAUAAUUUUUAUAAAAAUAUAUGAUUAUGGACAGAAAAGGGAGCGACGACGUUUUUGAUAAAAAGAAGAGGAAGAAAGAAGAAAGCAAGCAUCAUAAACAUGUCAGAAUGUCAAAUGAUAUUAGAGACUCUAGAAACAACAGGUCUACAUCUCACAACCGCCCAGGAGUUCAUAUGGAUAAGUAUAAGCAGCAUGACACCAGUGGACCAAUAACAGUGAAGAAUUCCAAGCUUCCUUCUGCCUUUGAUGUUAAUCAUAAGAGUAAGAGAAGCAUGAAGUCUAUUGUAAAGGUAGAUAAGAAGGCUCAUGAAACAUCAUAUUAUAAAAACAAUAAGGAAAGCCACCAUGUCAAACCUCCAAAGACUUCUCAUGGGAAGAAUACUAGGACCAGCAACGAAUAUCCCGAACAUAGUCCUACAAACGGUGAAGAGGAGAGGAAAGGAGCCAAAGAUGAUUAUAAACACGGUAUUAAGAAUAAACCCAAGACUCUUAUUAAUAAAAAGCUACCUGAUGUAUUUAGUAACCCUCAGAUGAAGUAUAAGGCCAUGAAAAAUGAGCAGUAUAUUAAACAGACUGGUCUAAAGAGUGACCAAUCUAACAUUAUUCUUGCAGGAAGAGAUGACAGAAGGAAUAAACCUAAGAAAAAUAAGAAAGACGCUUCUAGAGUUGAAGAUCCACGGAAAAGUAAGCAGACUACUCUUGACCCAAUGUCAAUCUCGAUUGAGCAGAAGAAGAGCAUGAAAAGAAAGCUACAUGAAGUAGUCAGUAAAGGAGAACCCUCAUCAAAAUAUGAUGCAAUGGGAGCUUCCAAAUCGAAUGGUUUUGGGUCUUUUUCAAAGAUAAGUCCUGAUGUUCAGAUUAAUUCCUUUUCUCCUUCAAGUGUUAAGCUUCAGCAUAUGGUGAGCUUAGCCUUGGUUAAAUCAAGUAAUCUGAGUGGGCCGAUUAAGAAGAUGCUCCAUGUGCCUUCAUUCUCAAUCUAUUGAGUGAAGGAAAUUCCAAUAUCAUCUAGAGAAGCUAAUUCUCAGUUGAAGAGGUGGGUAGGCGAAUGGGAGACUAUCUCCCAGAAACCUGAAGCUCAGAAUUACUUAGUGUCUAUCCACGGAGCCCACUGGAAUUCUCCAGAAGGUUGAGUUUCACUUAUUAUGGAGUACUUGAAUGGAGGGAGUCUUUUGAAUCUAGUUGAUAAUGUAGGAGCUCUUCCUGAGAACAUUCUGCUUGAUAUCACUCAUAGUGUCCUUCACAGUCUAAAUUAUAUGCAUAAUAAAGCUAAAGUUAGUCAUAACGGAUUAGGAAUGUCUCAAAUAAUGUUUAAUCAGGAUGGAGAAAUAAAAUUAAAUCUUGGGAUUUCCCAAAUUUUUCCAAAAGAAGAGAUAGGUUAUACGUCAAGUUUAGAACCUUCUAAAAUGAAUUUGUACUCGAUUCAUCAGAUCAACUCUCCAGCAAGGUCGAAGAAAAUGUCUUUGUUCAAUGACCUUUCAACUUCUGAAAGUGAGAGAUCACAAGCAUUUAAGAGGGAGAUCUUCUCCCAAGAUAUUUUCGAUCUUGGCUACAUCCUACUAGUCUCUGCUAUUGGAGGGUUGGACCUUAUCAAUCAUGAGUCCCUUGAUUUCUCAAAUACUAAGGAUGCUUGAUGACUGUUGCACAUGUGAGAGCAAGUUAAAGUCGAUAAAAAUUCGAUCACCAUCUCUGACUUACUAGAGGAGAGAUAUUCAAAAUCAUUUUCAGAUUUUCUAUGCAAAUGACUAAAAUUUGACUAUAAUGAAAGAGAGCCUAUCAAAACUCUUGUUGGAAAAGAUGGUCACCCUUGGCUAAAUCAGCGAGGUCUUGAAAAAUCAUCGAGUGAGUUCGACAUCACACUUCCUGAACUUCUGAGUAUUAGCGGAGGAUGUUUGGAAGACAAAAACUGUUCAACUCUCUAUCUUGAUGAGUUCAAAUCAACCCAAGUUGACAAACUGCUUGACUUUAUCGAAUGAGUAGAUGAUAGACCAGCUCAUAUCUCGAAGAACAAGAUAAAGAAGGUAGCAGAGGAGCUUGGAAUCGACCCAGAUUACCUACAUAAGCAGUUGAAACAGAUAGACUACUUUAAAUAGGUGUUUAUACUUUGAUGUAUUAACAUAGUUAAAUAAUUUUA